AUGUUGGAUGGUCUCGUCCCUUUCAUCUUCACCUUCUUCAAGGACGUCCACUAUUUGGAGGUGUUGGCCGGCUGUAUGACCCGGUUAACAAGGCUUUUGCCUGAGGACACAGUGUCCACAGCGCUCGCAAGAGCCUUUUCCGAUACAACCGAAAGAACGGACAGAGCUGUCCUCCAGAUCGCAGAGUCCAGCUUUACGUCCUGCCCAGCGCAGUCGGUCGAUCCAGUGGACUUGGGUCUUCGACAGCUAUAUGCCUACGCCAUGCGCCAUUACCCUCAAAUGCCCAAAAGUCCCAAACCCUCUACAAGAAGAGAGAUUAUGAUGCGGCCGACGACCCACGCAGAUCCAACAGUGCUGCGCGAGUUCGCUGAAUUGGCCGAACGCUUAGGGUUUGAGUCGCCCGAGAUUGCAGACCUGAAGCAAUAUCCUACGUUAAUAAAGUGCAAGGAGCAAGUAUCCUCAAGAGUAGCCUCAGACGAUUAA